AUGGAUCAACAACAAAAGAUCCCACAAGACCUUAAAAACGUCGUUAGCUUCCUCAGAGAGAAAUCUGGGAUGAAGAUACGUAACGGCGCUCUUUCUGGCAAGCGCGCUGAAUAUUUCAAGGGUAGAUCCGCAAUCAAAGCCCUCCUCUCUCCUUCCUACGCAAAGUUGAGCAAUGUUCCCCAAAUCACAUCCGAAGCAGACGCUACAAAGGUACUCCAUAGUAUCAUUCCUUUCGCCUUCUUCCUCCGCGUAGAUAGAGGUAACCCUAUCGGUGGAAAAGAUUCCCCUAGAGAACUCAAGAUCAACAAUCAACAACUGUUUGCUCCAGACGACUACUACGUUUGGCUGUUCGCUGGCUCUCAACUCAGAGCUAUGCUUGGCUCUGCAGGUCUCGUUGCUGUUAUUCUAAUCGGCGUCAUGUUCCCUCUCUGGCCUACAAGUCUCAGAAUUGGUGUUUGGUAUCUUUCUGUCGCUGUGCUUGGCUUGAUUGGUCUUUUCUUCGUUAUUGCCAUAAUCAGACUGAUCAUUUAUAUCAUCACCAUGUUCACUGCAAGCCCCGGUCUUUGGAUUUUCCCAAAUUUGUUCGAAGAUGUUGGCUUCAUUGACUCGUUCAUACCCAUGUAUGAAUGGGAUUACCCUAAGAAGAAGAAAGCCGGCAAGAAGAAGGCUAAAAAGCAAGUCAACGAUGCUAAUCAAGUUACUGAGACAAAGGAUUCAACGCACUCAGCUCUAAAUCACAGCAAAGAAUCCCUUCAGAAUCCUUCAAACAACACUUCAGCACAAAGUGACAGUGAUACACGCGCUGAUAGCCCUAACAGCCAUGACAGCCCUGACAGCCCUAACACCUCUAACCAUGCAAAGGAGGAGUAA